UCAUGAAGUAACAGCUGUAUAUGUGUGGGUGAGUUCAGGUUCCAACCCUUACUGAUACAGUACACAAGUGCUGUAUAUAUUCAGCUGUAGAGGCAUAUAGAUCAUCACUUCACUCUCCUUUAGGAAGCACUGGAGUCAUCACAGCUGGGAAACAUUAAGUUCAAUCAUGGCUUCAUUGGGUAUAGCCCUGCUGAUUAUGGCCCUAUCAGGACCCACCCUGGCCUUUGUCCCCAUCGGGGGUGGAGGAUCCACUCAUGUCAGCAUUACAGGAACAGCUGUAUUGCAGAAAGUGGAGGAAGCAUGCCGGGUGGUGGUCGAGGCAGCAGGUCAUGAGUUCAAACCUACGGGCACCUCUCCUGAACAACUGGUCCAGGCCUGCCUUGGUCCCACAGCUGCAGGAGAGGUGUCUGGUAGCAAGUUUCGCUCUGCCCUUCAAGAAAUCUAUUUCCAGAACGGAAUGGUCGACCGUGACUUUGCCAACAGUGCUCCACAUCACUUCAACUCUGAGGCCUUCUUGGAGGGACGUGCCCUAAUCACAGAGGGCACGGUAGCCAUUAAGGCUAAUAUUCGCAAUGAGAACUUCCAAGCUGCCAGGGAAACACUGGGUAGAGUUCUUCAUACACUGCAGGACUUCUACAGCCACAGUAACUGGGUGGAACUGGGCUACACUGAGCCAUACGACAACCUCAUAAUACCAAGUCUGCCUCUGGAAAACCUAGCAGAUAAGGACACUGCCACCUGCUAUGACUGUGAAACUGGAGCAUGCCCUAAUCCAAUCCUUGCCAACAUCCUGGAAGAGAAGAAACUCACAUCUGGUUACAUGGGAAUCUUCUCUGCUUCCAAGCCAAAGGGUAAAUGUAGCCACGGAGGUGCAGAUGAUCUCACUAGCACAGUAGCUCCCCGAGGAGGCAUCAACAAAGAUGAACGUCGCUCUGACCUCCACAACGCUGCUGUGAAUGCAGCCACAGCUGCCAGCCUCCAGCUUCUGGAGGACAUCCGCUUAGCUGCAGGCGACAAUGGCUUUCUUAGAAUGAUGGGGAUUGCCCGCUCAUCUGUCCUAUGCUUUGUGAUUGACACCACCGGCAGUAUGUCAGACGACAUUGAGGAAGCCAGAAAUGUUGCUUACGAAAUCAUUGACAGCAAAAAAGGAACACAGGAUGAGCCCUCUGAGUACAUCCUGGUACCAUUCAACGACCCCAAUUUUGGACCAUUGAUCAGGACAACAAACCCUGAUAAAAUGAAAAGUGAAAUUUCCAAGCUCACAGCAAAGGGUGGUGGUGAUGCCCCUGAGAUGUGCCUGUCAGGACUUCAGGUAGCUCUCACUGGUGCUCCUUCCUCGUCCCAUAUCUAUGUUUUCACUGAUGCCACAGCCAAAGAUAUCGCCCUCAAGGACACUAUUGUUGCUCUCAUCAGGAGCACGAAGUCAACGGUUUCAUUCUUCAUGACUGCGACUAGCAGGAGACGUCGUCGUUCUGUCAGAGCAGCUUCCUUUGAGGACUACAAGGAGUUGGCUCUGGCCUCAGGUGGACAGGCCAUCCAGGUAUCCAAGAAACAGCUGCCACAGGCUACAGACGUUAUCCUUGACACCUCGACUUCAGCUCUGGUGACCGUUCUCCAGCGAGCAAGAAACCCUGGGAAGCAGGAGACGUUCCCCUUCAGGUUGGAUGAGUCGCUUAAAAAUGUCACCAUCUACAUCACAGGGACAUCCAUAACUUUCACGCUGACUGACCCCACCGGUGUGAGCCAAAGUCACAGUGAGGCCACUGGUAAACUGGGCUCCAUUCAGACAGUUGGAAACCUGAGAAGAAUUCGUUUCAACCCCGAAAAAAACACAGGAACGUGGAAGAUCAAUAUUAACUCUGUACAACCAUACACACUCAAAGUCACAGGCCAGAGUACUGUUACCUUCAUCUAUGACUUCGUGGAACGCUUUGGGGGACCCCACCCAGGUUAUGCAGUACUUAGUGGGCGCCCAAGUGCAGGCCAGCCUGCCACCCUGAUGCUCUCAGUAAUGGGCAGGAAAGGUCCAUCCUCGAUUACAGUUGAAGAUAUCGGCCUAGUCAAAGUGUCUGGUCUAGAGGCUGUUACCAGUGGCAAUAUGAACGACAUGGGCAAUGGAGAAAUCCUGGUGACUGUUGAUAAAGUACCUGAGGGGGAGUUUGUGGUGCUUCUGAAAGGAACUGAUAAAGAAUCGAACAGUGAAUUUCAGAGGCAGUCAACCACCCAGAUGUCAGUCUCCAAAGUGAAUAUCAAGGCUGCAGUGGACAGCAGUGCAGAGCCAGGGAAACCCCUCACACUCUCCUUCAGUGUGAUGACCCAAGGUGCUGGCGAUGUGUACUCCGUCAGCGCCAGAAAUGACAGAAACUACCCCAUGACCUACCCACGCAGCCUCGCCUUGACAACAAAUGAAUAUGCUAAUGCUACGUUGAGCAUAACACCACCUACCAACACACCAUCAGGCACUGACGUCACUCUGACCAUUGAAACCAAGCCAUCCACGGGUCUUGAGUCCAAUUACGUUGUUCUUAGAUUAUCUGUUGUUACCAAGAUUACAGAUUUCAUUCAGCCCCUGUGUAAAGUAACCAGUGUGGUGGCUGAUGACUGCCCUCAUGAUGAGUCCCAGUGUGGAUCUUUCUACUGGCAGCUCUCGGCUAACCUUACAGAUGGAAACGGCACCGGGAUAGAAACACUUUUUCUGCAUCAGGGUAGUGGAAAUCUCUCACACACAGUGCUGACCGCUCCCACCGUUGAGGCAAACUACAACGCUUCCUGCUGCUCACAGAUUGCUGAGCUUGUAGCUGUAGAUAAAGUCGGCAAUGUGGGCAAGUGUUAUCAUUCAAUUGUUCGUUCUGGGGGUCCUCCUGCUGUGACACUGCCGCUGCCCCUGUGGUUGUGUCUGCUUGUAUCUGUCUUUAUUGUCAGGUCUUGAAGUCUGCACUGUGCAUUAAAGUAAAUAAUAAACCAUGUACCUGAGCUUUGGAGUGUUGAGAUACCCUGCUUAAAUAAAUUGUCAAGAAAUUGUUGAUGAAUGUCUGCUGCAGUCGCCUGAAAUGAAAUGAAAUGUCAGUUGUCUUGAAUGAAUAUAAAUAAAAAGUCAUGUCUGGAAAAAAAA